AACCUCUCGCUCGACGUCUGUCAGGCUAGCUCUGCACGUUCGUUGACACAGCGCGAGGUGUUUCUAGUGGGAGGAGGCACGUUGCAUUUUGACGUACAGUGGGACCUCAGUCGACUUCCUGCUAGCCUUCUCCUCUAAAUAGCUUGUAAUUGCCACAUUAACAACUUCAAAGUAAACGUUUUCACCAUUGAACGCCACCAAGAAAACGAACACGUAGCGCGCGAGGAGACUUCCUUCCUUCCUUCCUCACUCACUCUAGUAACUCUAUUAUGGAUGGCAGCACCGCCAAGACAGUGCACGAUAUUUUCCAAAGCAUGGAGUACGGACCAGCAGCAACUUCCAGCACCGCCACUGCACAGGCCUGGCUGGACAACCAUUCACGUUCUCUGGGCCUGUUCGUUGAUGGCAAGUGUAUCCGCCCGGCAGACAGACAGAGUCGGUCCCUGGCUGAUUCUAAAGGUGGUAACCUGUGCAGCACGGUGUGUGCCGUGGAGGACGACGUCUCCCAGUGCGCCUCCUCUGCCGUUAAGGGCCACAAGGCCUGGGGAGACCUGAGCUGCCACCAGAGGGCCAAAGUGCUGCUCAGGUCGGCAAGCGCUCUCGGGCAGCACGGCACGUGCGUGUCGGAGCUGUGCGAGCUGUGCGAGGUUUCCUGCUCGCCCUCCAGCCUCAUCCGACUGCUUCAGUACUACAGCAGCUGGGCGCAGCUCCGAGACGCUCUCGUUCCCGACUGGACGCCACUGGGUGUGGUGGCAGUAGUCACCUCUGAUGACUGCUCUCUCUAUUCCCUUAUGCUCAAAGUUCUACCAGCAUUGGCCAUGGGAAACUCUGUCAUCGUUGUCCCUGGUAGGAGCAGAGCCCCACCGACUCUCCUACUGGCGCAGCUUUUUACGGGAGCAGGACUUCCUGCCGGGGCACUCAAUGUCCUAACAGGAAGUGAUAUGUCGCUGUGUGCCAGAGUGGCUCAGAACGCCAACAUCGGCUACGUCGCCUACAGCGGCAACAAGCAGGACGGGGUGUUGCUGUGUAAGUCCACAGCGGGGAUGGGCAUUCCUGUUUCUGUCUCCCCUAACAUCGGAGCUCGGUGUCCCUUCAUCAUCUUUGAGUCGGCCGACAUCGACAGCGCAGUGGACGCAGUGAUAGAGGCGGCCUUCAAGAAGAAAAGAGAGGUCCACUGGGUGCUGUGCGUGCAGGAGAGUGUAGUGGACAGCGUUGUGGCCCGUCUCGGCCUCCGUAUGGCGGGCAUGAAGUGCGUGGCCCUGCACAGUGACGGAGACAGAGGCCUGGUGGACGCUGCAGUACGGGACGCUCAGCAGCAGGGGGCAACGCUGAUUCAGUCCUGCGCCGCCCCCUCUUCAGGCGCUCAGUACCCUCCAACAGUGCUCUGCGGGGCGGCCCCCUCCUCUCCAUUCGUAGUCAACCCCUCUCCCGGACCACUGCUGCCUCUCAUGACCUUCAGAAGCAACACAGAGGCAGUGGUCCUUGGGAACCACAGCCCUCAUGGCCAGGCAGCCUCCAUCUGGACUGAAGACCUCACCCUGGCAUUGGAGACGGCUAAGAGUCUGUCAGUUGGCUCGGUGUGGGUGAAUUCCCACUCGGUGUCUGACCCCUGUCUGCCUGUCUCUGGUCACAAAGACAGCGGUACCUGCACUGACGGAGGACAAGAGGGUCUAUACCAGUUUCUACGCCCGUCCUCGUCUUCCUCCCCUCUUCCUCGCUCCUCCCCUGUCUCUAUGGACUACUCCAAGUUUGGAACAGCAGCGUCCAUCCCGGCUAUCAUUCCUGAUGAUUCGAAUCCUGCCAGUGCUCCAAAGGUCUACCUGCAGUUUGUUGGUGGUAAGCCGUGUAAGUCGGUGUCUGGCUGCAGUGUGGCUGUGCAGUCACCAGGGGGCGCCAGUGUGUUAGCCUACUGUCCCGACGGAGGCCGGAAAGACGUCCGCAAUGCCGUGGAGGCCGCUGUCAAAGUCCAGCCUAGCUGGAUGAAAAAGAGUCCGUCUGCACGCGCUCAGUCUCUCUACUCUCUGUCCAAGGGCCUGGAGGCAAAGAGGCGGGACAUAGCCGGAUCAAUUAAUGUUCAGACCGGCCUCUCAAUGGACGAGGCUGAUAAGGAGGUGGAGCUCAGCAUCGCCAGGCUCAGUGAUUGGGCAGCUUACUGUGACAAAGUGCAAGGAGGAUCUCCAGCCCUCCCACAGUCUGGCUCUGCUCUCUCUCUCCCCGGAGCCCUGGGAGUCGUGGGGGUCGUCCUCCCCGACGAGAGUCCCCUGCUCUCUAUGGUGACGCUUCUCGGGGCGGCCAUCGGCAAUGGCAACGCUGUCGUCAUGGUCCCCAGUGAGAAGUAUCCGCUACCAGCCUUGGCUUUGAUUCAGGUGCUCCAGUCUUCAGACCUGCCGGCAGGAUUGGUAAACAUCAUUACAGGAAGUAGAGACCAGCUGACAGUGGCUCUGGCUACUCACAGCGUCAUAAAGGCCAUCUGGUACUGGGGCAGUGCUGAGGGCUGUCAGUACCUCCAGUACACCUGCACCAGCCCUCUGAAAACCCUGCGCCUGUCCUGCCAAAAGGAGGACGGCGGGAAGGACUGGACUUGGUCUCAUCCCUCGCUCCUGGAGGAGAUGUGGAGAAGUGCCGUGCAGUGGAAGAGUGUCUGGAUCCCGACUGCAUGAAAAAACAAGAGGACAAAGAAAGCUAGGCAGCGGGUGGGGAAGAGUGUCAGAUUUCCACCAUUUCCACCGCUUUAACGUCCGUAGAGUUAACGUGUGACCUGUAAGCAAAUGAACUGUGACCAUGGAAAUGUCAAGAUGUCAGUGAAAUUAACAGUGAGCAAACAAGAAAUAUCAUACCCAAGAUCUUAUGAGAUUUAUAAAUGAACAUGCAACUUUAAAAUGAAGGUGAAAUAAGAAACACUGUCCAACAGGUUACGAGUCAGCAGAAUGAAAUCAGAGAAGGUUAAAUAUUUUAACAUAUAAAAAUAUUUCAUUUUGACAAAUGCAGGAAUUUGUCACUUAAAUGCAAUGGUACGGCUCUUUGUGUGUAAUAUGGAUUUAAAAUGAAGGAUGUCUACACAGAUUCUUCUCGCUCAUCAGAUCAUUGUUGGGUUUUGGUGAUUUAUUGAUAGUUAAACGAUAUUGCAGACAUUGGGGAAACAGCUAAUGCAGUGUUCCACUAAUGUGUUCAAGUCCAGGGCAGACAAUACACAACAACAACAUCAAGACGACAGAAUGCCUGCUCUUCACCAUAUGACUUCCUACCUCCAUCUUCGGCUGCUCUCUGCUUUGUUUAUUUUAGUUUUCCAGCCUGAUUUGCAGGUAGCUACGAAAGACCCAGAGAGGAAAUAUGUGUCUGACCUACAUAUUCUUUUUCUUUCUUUUUUUUAUCUGUGAAACAAGUUCAAAGGUUUUGGCGGGUGAAUGUUUCUUGUCAUAAUACGGACUAAAAGCACUUGUGUUUUCUUCCAGGUGGGCUUUAAUUUGUCCCUAUGCUCUAAACACAAGGUUAAUUUAUUGUGUGUUUGCAAGUUAUGUAACAUUACUCAUGUUUUUCUUUUGGCUAGAAGUGUAUUUUAAUCUAUGCUAAUCUGCCAUCAGGGAAAACAGCUGUUCUUCAGUCAUAAACAGAGCGAAGGCCAUUUAGAUAAGACUAGAUCACCAGAAGGGGAGAUAAUAUCCUCAUAUGUCUGUCAGGGCUUUUGUUAAUAUCUCUGUUGGAAAAGUGGCAAUUUUAAAAUUAUUUUUUUUACUACAAAUACAUCCCUUUCUGAAACCACAUCUGCCUUAAAAUUCUGUCUGUGACCAAGCAAUUAAACAAUCAAUCUUG